GGGCCGGGAGGUGGGGUUCGGUUGUGUUAGAAGGGGCCCGGGGGAUUGUCGCCGCUAUCCCGGCGUUGGACUUGUAGGACAGCUGCGUGGGUCCUCGGGUGCUGUGUUCGCUGCUGCCAUGAGCUAUACAGGCUUUGUCCAGGGAUCUGAAACCACUUUGCAGUCGACAUACUCAGACACGAGCGCUCAGCCCACCUGUGAUUAUGGGUAUGGAACUUGGAACUCUGGGACAAACAGAGGCUACGAGAACUAUGGCUAUGGCUAUGGCUAUGGCCAGGAUAACACCACCAACUAUGGGUAUGGUAUGGCCACUUCAAACUCUUGGGAAAUGCCUAGCUCUGACACAAAUGCAAACCCUAGUGCUGCGGGUAGCGCCAGUGCCGAUUCCGUUUUGUCCAGAAUUAACCAGCGCCUAGAUAUGGUGCCACACUUGGAGACAGACGUGAUGCAAGGAGGCGUGUACGGCUCAGGUGGAGAAAGAUAUGAUUCCUAUGAGGCCUGUGACUCGAGGGCCAUUCUGAGCGAGCGCGACCUAUACCGGUCAGGCUACGACUAUGGCGAACUUGACCCCGAGAUGGAAAUGGCCUACGAGGGCCAAUACGAUGCCUACCGCGACCAGUUCCGCAUGCGUGGCAGCGACACCUUUGGCCCACGGGCUCAGGGCUGGGCCCGGGACUCCAGGAGUGGCCGGCCGAUGGCCUCGGGCUAUGGGCGCAUGUGGGAAGACCCCAUGGGGGCCCGGGGCCAGUGCAUGCCUGGUGCCUCCCGGCUGCCCUCCCUCUUCUCUCAGAACAUCAUCCCCGAGUACAGCAUGUUCCAGGGCAUGCGUGGCGGGGGCGCCUUCCCAGGUGGCUCCCGCUUUGGCUUCGGUUUUGGCAAUGGCAUGAAGCAGAUGAGGCGGACCUGGAAGACCUGGACCACGGCUGACUUCCGGACCAAGAAGAAGAAGAGAAAGCAGUGCGGCAGUCCCGAUGAACCAGACAGCAAAGCCACCCGGACGGACUGCUCAGACAACAGUGAUUCAGACAAUGAUGAGGGCACUGAGGGGGAGGCCGCAGAGGGCACUGAAGGCGCCGAGGCUGUGGAGAAGGGCUCCAGAGCAGAAGGAGAAGAUGAAGAGGGAAAAGAAGAAGGCAAAGAAGAAGGCAAAGAGGAUGCAGAGAAGGGGGCCCUGAGCACCCAGGAUGAUAGUGGGCAGAUCAAGCGCAAGUUGCAGGCAGGCAAGAAGAGCCAGGACAAGCAGAAAAAGCGGCAGCGAGACCGCAUGGUGGAAAGGAUCCAGUUUGUGUGCUCUCUCUGCAAAUACCGGACCUUCUACGAGGAGGAGAUGGCCAGCCACCUCGAUAGCAAGUUCCACAAGGAGCACUUUAAAUACGUAGGCACCAAGCUUCCCAAGCAGACAGCUGACUUUCUGCAGGAGUAUGUUGCCAAUAAAACCAAGAAGACAGAGGAACUCCGGAAAACCGUGGAGGACCUUGAUGGUCUGAUUCAGCAGAUCUACAGAGACCAGGAUCUUACCCAAGAAAUUGCCAUGGAGCAUUUUGUGAAGAAAGUAGAGGCAGCGCACUGUGCAGCCUGUGACCUCUUCAUUCCCAUGCAGUUUGGGAUCAUUCAGAAGCACCUCAAGACCAUGGAUCACAACCGCAACCGCAGGCUCAUGAUGGAGCAGUCCAAGAAGUCCUCGCUCAUGGUGGCUCGCAGCAUCCUCAACAACAAAAUCAUCAGCAAGAAGCUGGAACGCUACCUGAAGGGUGAAAACCCGUUCACUGAUAGCCCCGAGGAGGAGAAGGAACAGGAGGAGGCCGAGGGCGGCGCCCUGGACGAGGGAGCGCUGGUCGAAGCGGCAGGGGGCGCCGAGGGUGCAGAUGGCGCGCCGGCGCAGCCCCCUGUGCCCCCGGAGCCAGCGCCGGAGGCCGCGUCCCCACCACCGCCACCGCCGCCCCCAGAAGAGGAGGAGGAGGAGGCCGUGCCCCUGCUGGGCGGGGCGCUUCAGCGCCAGAUCCGCGGUAUCCCGGGCCUCGACGUGGAGGCCGACGACGACGAGGAGGGUGGCGGGGGCGCACCGUAACCCGGGCCCCAGGCGGGCAGGACCCGCGUGGCCAAAGCUGGAAACCGGGCCUAAUAAAGCUCUUCCCAUCCCAC